CAACAAGUAAGUAUAUAAACUGUGACACAUUCGGCCAUGUGUUUUGUUGUAAAUAAUUUGAACUCUCUGCACCUACUGCGUGAAAACAAAUCAACUCGCCAUAGUGAGACAUACCUGUGCACGCACAUCCACCAGUUAAGCUAUAUCGAAGUGUGUGUUUACUUGCAUUUUCAAAUAAGAAGUUUUAGUCUCCAGCUGUGGUAUAUAUAGUUAAUUCAAGAUGCCCGCAGCAGUAGAUGAGGUGAUCACCUCUACCCCAAAAAAGUCAUCAAAGAAAGGCAGCAAGAAAAGCAGCGCGAAGACGGACAAGAAAGGCGAAAGCACUGGCACUACUCAGACAACAGACACUAGUACACAGAAAAAGGAGAAAUUCUCUGGUAAAAGUAAGAAGAGUCACAAGACCGACAAAUCAGACAAGAAGCAAGAAGAAGGUACAGCUACGGUACAGUCAUCAGCACCCGCAACAACAGCUACUAGUACUAGCACCGAGUCUGACAAGAAAAAGUCUAGCAAGAAAGAGAAGAAAUCCAGUAAAAAGGAGAAAAAGUCGGGCAAGAGUAGUAAAAGAGAUGAAGUAGCUCCUGUCACUAGUGAAAUUGAAACCGAGGUAAAAAAGAACGAUGCUACUAGUAAGAAAGCAAAGGAUUCUGGGAAGAAGACAAAAAAGGAUACCACGAAGGAGAUUAGGGGGAAGAAGAUCGCAGAGUCCAAUACAGUUUCAAAUUCGAGUAUAGUGGUGAAUGAUGGCAAGCCUAGCUUGGUAGACCAGCUGUCUCGUGCGACAGUUGCUAAGGAAGUGGGCCCUGCGGUGUUGAAGGCGGUGAAUACCAGUGAGAUGCUGGGUAGUACCGAUGGCGAUACUGAUGCUGAUGGCGAUGAUGCUUCAGAUGAUGAGAUGCCCCAGGCAAUCCUUAAGGAGGAGGCUGAUGUUACUGCCAGUGAUACCGAAAAGGACUGGGAAAUGAUAGAGGCCGCGUCUGGAGAUGAGGGAACGGUACAAAAGUCUGAAGCGGACACCAAAGAAAAGAAAGUGGAUACUCAGGAGAAGGAGGUGAAGAAUGAAGAGAGCAAGAAAAGUGAGAGUUCAAGUGCGGCUGGGGACAUUGUGAGUGCGAUAGCAGGGGCUAUUGGGGGCCUUUUUAGUGUGACGGCUGUUGCACCGCAAGCUGUGGUGGCCAAGACGUGGGUGCCUGUGGAGAAGGGCGAAGACGUAGUGGAAAAGGAAAACAAGAAGAAGAUUAAGGACGAGAAACGCCGCAAGUACCAAGAAGCUCACGGAGAUGACGAUGUGAGCAAGGAGGAGAAGGAAGCGUUGUAUGUGGUGAAGCCUAAGAACUACGCAGAGGUCGAGAGUGAUCACGACAGUGACGACGAAGACGAGGUGGCGUACAAGAGCCAUGUGAAUGAUGGAAUCAGUGAUUUGAGUGAUUUGAGCGAUGAUUCGGAUGCCGAGUCUGAGUCUGAGGAUGAAGAGAUCGUGGAGGUCAAAGAUCAUAAAAUGUAA